AUGCCUGCGUACGUCCCCAGCUCCCCGACGCGUCUCCCGCUCACGCCCCCAUCCCCGGGCGACCAGCACACGUCAUGGACCAACCCCUUCGAGGAGGCCAAGCCGCGCAUAUCGGAAUGGACGGCCAAGCAAAUCGCCACGAUAUCGUCCAAGCUGGACAAGCAGCUGGGGCCCGAGUACAUAUCGUCGCGGGCGGGGCCCGGCGGCUCGCGCGUGCACUACCUGACGGCGGAGAAGUGCAUCGGGCUGGCCAACGAGGUGUUUGGCUUCAACGGGUGGUCGUCGUCGAUCCAGAACAUCCAGGUCGACUUUGCCGACGAGAACCCGCAGACGCAGCGCGUCAGCAUCGGGCUCAGCGUCAUCGUCCGCGUCACCCUCCGCGACGGCACCUACCACGAGGAUAUCGGCUACGGCUCCAUCGAGAACGCAAAGGGCAAGGCCAUGGCGUUUGAGAAGGCGAAGAAGGAGGGUACCACGGAUGGGCUGAAGCGCGCGCUGCGUAGCUUCGGCAAUGUCCUCGGCAACUGCAUCUACGACCAGGACUAUGUCAAGCAGGUCACAAAGGUCAAGGCCCAGCCCGUCAAGAAGUUUGACCAGGACAACCUCCACCGGCACGCCGACUUUGUGAAGAGAGAGUCGGCAUCUACAUCUGCCACGUCCACCAUCACCACCGCCCCAACCGCCGCAGGCACCACUACCACCACUACCCUGCCCAAGACGGAGCCCAGCGAGUCGUUUGAGGAGGACUUCCUCGGAGAACUCGACGAGGCCGACUUUUGCGUGCCCGGCGACGGCCACCCCGACGAAGUCAUGGUGCCAAACCCUGCCGUGGUCCCUCCCGCCGCCGACAGGCCGCCGCAAAUGCAGCCUCCUCCCCCGAGGCAGUUCAACCGAGCUGCCUCUGCCGGGAACAGCGCCACCCGGCCGCCCCCUCCGCAUACGCCUCAUGCCGCCAACUCUCGCCCAGCUCACAACCAAGACAGCCAUCAAGGCCGGCCGAUGGGCGGCAACGGAAGGCAGUCACCCAACCCCACGGCGCAGCAGCCUCCGAAUCCCAACCCUUCCGAGCCCGUGGCCUUCUUCUCCGCGCGCUCCGUCUCCACGAACGCCGCCGAGGCCAACGCACACAUCCAGAACAAGCAGCUCUUCAACCCCAAGGCUGAAAGCCCAUCUAUACGAAAGACCCCCGGCAUCGAUCACAACUCGUCGCGCCCCGUCGCGAGAAACGGCCAGCACGUCGCCCCUGCCAGCAGCCAGUCUUCAGCGCCGGCCGCGGCACCCACCGCAGGCAACACCUCCAGCUUCACCCCGGUGAGGCAGUCGGCGGCGGCAAGUGGUCCAGUCACCCGCAGCAGCGUCGUGAACCCGUCCCUCGACUACGCCCGCCGCAUCGGCGCGCCAGGCGGACCGGGCAGCCCGCUGGCCAACAGGAACUCGUACAAGCCGCCGUCGAUGAAGCGCCCGCUGCCAGGCGACGGGGCUGGGGCCGCCGGCGUGCCGCGCUCGCCCCUUGUCGACGUGCCGCCCAACACAACAGGCCAGGCCAACGCGCCCGCUGCAGACGGCGCGGACGCGAAGCGGCCGAGGAUGACUUGA